AUGGCCACUGCGUAUUAUAAAACGCCGGUCGUCAUGAGAUCACGACUAUCUUCAGUCUCGUGCUUGAAGUAUUUCAGUAGAAAAAAAUCAUUAAAAGAACUGAAUACGUCAUGUAAAUUUUCAACAAAAAUUGAUAGUAUAUGUUCUUUUAAUCAACCUCCACUCACAGAAACAUUACCAAACUUGCCAAAUGUUAUAUAUAGCAAACAUAAACUUGAUAAUGUGAAAACAAAUAUUACACAAUUACCUUGUGGGUUAAGAGUUGCAUCUGAAGUUGCGUAUGGAGAAUUUUGUACUGUUGGAGUGGCGAUAAAUUCUGGUUGUCGAUAUGAAGUAGCAUAUCCAAGUGGUGUUAAUCAUUUCCUUGAAAAAUUGGCUUUUAAUACAACUUCUAAUUUUCCUGGAAAUAAUCAAAUUUUGGAUGAAAUCGAAAAAUAUAAUGGUUUGUGUGAUGCACAAUGUUCUCGAGAUGUAGUGUUAUAUGCAGCAAGUGCUAAUAGAAAAUAUGUGGAUAAUAUUAUAAAAGUUCUAGCUGAUGUAGUUUUACGACCCAGAAUUACAGAAGACGAGGUAAUGGCUGCAAGCAAAGCAAUCUUAUUUGAACAUGAUACAUUAAUGAUAAGACCUGAACAAGAUCAAUUACUUGAAAAUUUAGUGCAUAUGGCUGCUUUUCAAAAAAAUACAUUGGGCUUAUCAAAACUUUGCCCAAUUGAAAAUGUUUCACAAAUUAAUCGCCAGGUUCUACUUACUUAUCUGAAAAACCAUUAUGUUCCUGAACGAAUUGUUGUUGGAGGAGUUGGAGUGGAUCAUCAACAACUUGUUGAUAGUGUUCAAAAGUACUUUGUUGAUGAAAAACCAAUUUGGAACAAUGAAAAACUUGAUACAAUUAGUAUUGAUACUUCAAUACCACAAUACACUGGUGGAAUAAUCAAAGAAGAUUGUGAUAUUCCAGCAUUUCCUGGACCAUCUGGAUUAGCUGUCUUAUCACACGUAAUGAUUGGUCUAGAAUCUAUACCUUUAGUGAGUAAAAAUGAUUUCGUUCCAUCAUGUGUAUUAAAUCUGAUGAUGGGAGGUGGUGGAUCCUUUAGUGCAGGUGGACCGGGUAAAGGAAUGUACACAAGAUUAUAUAGAAAUGUAUUGAACCGGUAUGGUUGGUUGUAUAGUGCUACUGCUUAUAACCAUGCAUAUACUGAUAGUGGAUUAUUCUGUAUUCAUGCUAGUGCUGAACCACAAUAUGUUCGUGAUAUGGUUAAAGUCAUUGUGUUUGAAAUGGCUAAUAUGGCUAAUAAUAUUCAAAGAGAAGAACUUGCUAGAGCAAAGAAACAGUUACAGUCACUAUUACUGAUGAAUUUAGAAGCACGUCCUAUUGUGUUUGAAGACAUGGUUAGGCAAAUUUUAUCAUGUGGCUAUAGAAAAAGACCAGAAGAACUUCUUCAAGAAAUUGAAAGUGUAACAGAAGAAGAUAUAGUAAGAGUUGUCAAGAAAAUUCUGGAUACACCCCUAACGGUUGUUGCUCGUGGAAAUAUUUCAAAAUUACCAUUAAUUGAAGAAAUGCAAGAGUUAAUUAAUACGAAACCAAAAGGAAAGAUAUUUGGUCGGUUUUAAUUUGUUUUAGUUUAUUCCAUUUUGCAUUUUUGUUAACUUUAAAAUAAAUUUGUUCAAACAAAA